UCAUUUUAGCGCGUCCGUGUCGUUUGGAGUGGCGACACGGAACAUGGCGCAUUCCUAGAAGCCGUUUUCGGCAUCUGUAGGCGGCGGCGUGUGGACUAGCAGCGUGGGGCGCGGAAGCAACUAACGCCUCUUCGUGUGGACAGGUGGAAAGGGGGCGGGUCGGGCUAUUCCGGACCGAAUCACACGGCUUCCAUGGAUCUCAACAGUGCCAGCUCUGUAGUCCUUCAGGUCUUAACACAGGCCACCAGUCAGGACACUGCUGUUUUAAAGCCAGCCGAGGAGCAGCUGAAACAGUGGGAGACACAGCCAGGCUUCUACUCAGUCUUGCUGAAUAUUUUUACGAACCACACCCUUGAUAUAAAUGUAAGAUGGCUUGCUGUGCUGUAUUUUAAACAUGGGAUUGAUCGUUACUGGAGACGUGUAGCACCUCAUGCACUCUCAGAAGAGGAAAAGUCAACAUUACGUGCAGGGCUCAUCACCAACUUUAAUGAACCAAUAAACCAGAUUGCAACUCAGAUUGCAGUGCUGAUUGCAAAAGUUGCUCGAUUAGACUGUCCUAGGCAGUGGCCUGAACUGAUUCCCACUCUUGUAGAGUCAGUUAAAGUGCAAGACGAUCUCCGACAGCACAGAGCACUACUGACCUUCUACCAUGUCACCAAGACGCUGGCGUCCAAACGCCUGGCUGCUGACAGAAAACUGUUUUAUGAUUUAGCUUCUGGAAUUUAUAAUUUUGCCUGUUCUCUGUGGAAUCAUCAUACAGACACAUUCCUGCAGCAGGUUUCUUCUGGCAGUGAAGCUGCAGUUCUCAGUUCACUAGAGCGAACACUACUGUCGUUAAAAGUGCUGCGUAAGUUAACUGUGAAUGGAUUUGUGGAACCUCAUAAGAAUAUGGAGGUGAUGGGUUUUUUACAUGGAAUAUUUGAACGUCUAAAACAGUUUCUGGAGUGCAGCAGAAGUCUAGGUACAGACAAUGUGUGUCGAGACAGACUGGAAAAGACCAUCAUUCUUUUUACGAAAGUGCUCUUGGACUUCUUGGAUCAGCACCCCAUUUCAUUCACCCCUCUAAUUCAGAGGUCACUGGAAUUUUCUGUAAGCUAUGUUUUUACUGAAGUUGGUGAAGGCGUUACAUUUGAGCGAUUCAUUGUCCAGUGUAUGAAUCUUAUUAAGAUGAUUGUCAAAAAUUAUGCUUAUAAGCCAUCCAAAAAUUUUGAAGACAGCAGCCCUGAAACACUUGAAGCCCAUAAAAUCAAGAUGGCAUUCUUCACGUAUCCCACGCUGACAGAGAUAUGUCGACGAUUAGUCUCCCAUUAUUUUUUAUUAACUGAAGAAGAACUGGCCAUGUGGGAAGAAGAUCCAGAAGGCUUUACAGUGGAAGAAACAGGAGGAGACUCUUGGAAGUACAGUUUGAGGCCUUGCACUGAAGUAUUAUUUAUAGAUAUAUUCCACGAAUAUAAUCAAACUCUUACUCCUGUACUUCUAGAAAUGAUGCAAACUCUUCAAGGUCCAACCAAUGUAGAAGACAUGAAUGCACUGUUAAUUAAAGAUGCUGUGUAUAAUGCUGUGGGAUUAGCUGCUUUUGAGCUGUUUGACAGUGUUGAUUUUGAUCAGUGGUUUAAAACCCAACUUCUUCCAGAAUUACAAGUUUCUCAUAAUAGGUAUAAGCCUUUGCGACGCAGGGUGAUUUGGCUCAUUGGUCAGUGGAUUUCUGUGAAAUUCAAGUCUGACUUGAGACCCAUGCUGUAUGAAGCAAUCUGUAACUUGCUUCAAGAUCAGGAUUUAGUGGUCCGAAUUGAAACAGCAACAACUCUGAAGUUAACUGUUGAUGAUUUUGAAUUUAGGACAGAUCAAUUUUUACCGUAUUUGGAAACCAUGUUCACACUGCUCUUUCAGUUACUGCAGCAAGUUACAGAGUGUGAUACAAAGAUGCACGUUUUGCACGUCCUUUCCUGUGUGAUUGAAAGAGUCAAUGUACAGAUACGCCCGUACGUAGGGUGCUUGGUACAGUACUUGCCUCUGCUUUGGAAGCAGAGCGAAGAACACAACAUGCUUCGGUGCGCCAUUCUGACAGCGCUUAUCCAUCUCGCUCAGGGAUUAGGAGCAGACAGCAAGAACCUGUACCCUUUCCUGCUCCCCGUUAUCCAGCUGAGUACAGAUGUUUCCCAGCCUCCACAUGUCUAUCUUCUGGAAGAUGGUCUAGAAUUAUGGUUAGUGACAUUGGAAAACAGCCCAUGUGUUACUCCAGAGUUGCUUCGUAUAUUUCAGAACAUGUCACCACUUCUUGAGCUUCCAUCCAGCUGCCUUGCAAACGAACUAAGUUCAGAGAAUCUCCGAACCUGCUUCAAGAUCAUCAAUGGCUAUAUCUUUUUAUCAUCAACAGAAUUUUUACAGACAUAUGCAGUAGGUCUGUGCCAGUCCUUUUGUGAGCUGCUACCAGAGAUCACUACAGAAGGUCAAGUUCAAGUACUGAAGGUUGUGGAAAAUGCCCUUAAAGUGAAUCCAGUAUUAGGCCCACAGAUGUUUCAACCAAUUCUGCCCUAUGUUUUCAGAGGUGUUAUUGAAGGCGAGAGGUAUCCAGUAGUGAUGUCCAUCUAUCUUGCUGUUAUGGGUCGAGUCUUACUACAAAAUGCCAGCUUUUUUUCUUCACUUCUUAAUGAGAUGGGACAUGAGUUUAAUCAGGAGAUGGACCAGCUCUUAGGAAAUGUGAUUGAAAUGUGGGUUGAUCGAUUGGACAAUAUCACACAGCCUGAAAGAAAGAAACUUUCAGCUUUGGCUUUACUUUCUCUUCUGCCUUCUGAAAAUAGUGUUAUUCAAGAUAAAUUCUGUGGAAUUAUAAAUAUCUCAGUGGAGGCCCUUCAUGAUGUCAUGACAGAAGACCCUGAAACAAGAACCUACAAAGAUUGUAUGUUGAUGUCUCAUCACGAGGAACCAAAAGUAACAGAAGAUGAAGAACCCCCCACAGAGCAAGACAAGAGGAAAAAGAUGCUGGCCCUGAAAGACCCUGUGCACACAGUGUCACUACAGCAGUUCAUCUACGAGAAGCUCAAGGCCCAGCAGGAGAUCUUGGGGGAGCAAGGCUUCCAGUCCCUCAUGGAAACAGUGGACACAGAGAUUGUCACCCAGCUGCAGGAGUUUUUGCAAGGAUUCUAAGAGCACGUGUCAUGUGGCCGCCAACCCUUCUGAGAUAAGAUGAGUAACCCCACCUGCCAUCUGUCCAUGAGAGCCUGCUGAAAUGAAGUCAUUUGUGUGUGAAUAGAAAGAAACCAAGACCAUAAAUUUUUUA